UGAAGCGGAGACUUCGUAAGUGCAAGAGAAGCGACUCAAAUCGAACUGGGCCGUAGACGACGUACACAAUGGCGCCCCUAGCUGAAGCAUCCGCGCCUACAACGCCCGGUCUCGAGUUGGCCUCCUUGCUCAAGCAGAAAACCGUAGAGGAGCCACAGGAGCCGCAGUGUGAGGCUGAAUGCGAAGAAGACAACAACGCAGAGAUCACAAGUACCACAACAGACGGCCCCGAGCCCAUCACACAGCUAAAGACCGAGGCCGAUGAGGCCCAGCAGCCUUCCAAGAAGCGUGUGCGCUUCGACCUUGCGGACGUCGUAGAGUUCGAGCCCACCAUGUGGACAGCCACAGUCUCCUCCGAAGGCGUGCCGCUUGGCAUGUCUGUGGAUGUGCGUCGCCGUACCAAGCGCCCACUGGACACAUACGAGGACGAGCGCGUCUCAUAUCGUGUAGACCGUCAAGACUAUAUGGAGCUAGGCUACCUCGAGCCUGAAGAGAGGCUGGACAUCCUUGAAAACGCCGGUCACUCCAUCUCAAUUAUUAGCCACGUUGAGCGUGAAACUCUCCGUAUUAACCGUGAACGAUGGGAAUCUAACGAGUACGACCUCAUGUACCAGUAUGGACUGGGAGAGGUACCAUUGAUGGAAGACGGUGACAUGGAGAUGUUGCUGCAUGAAGAAGAAAUCGACGAUAUUAUGCACGUAGACGUUUGCAGCGAGGACGAUUUCUUUUUUGGAUGCGGCGGCCGGAAUAUGGUAGUGGACUCGGAGGUCCGUUUCGCUAUGGAGGAUUUAGACGCGUACGACGCCAUCAACACCUGUACUUACGACGACGUGAGCAUUGAUUACGCCGCGGACUGCAUCCUGGGCGACGAUGAGAGCUCGGAUGAGAACAAUGAGCUGCCGUAUGCUGUUGACUCGUUCGACUCUCCUCUUAGCUGCGACCUGCUUGAGAUGGGCACGUCGCCUUGCGACGUCUCAGAGUCCACAAACUGCAUUCUUGCUGCUACCACAUCUACAAGUUGCGCUCAGUCCGUUAGCGUCAACACAACCAGCACAAGCAAUCCAACAGAGGUCAGCCCAGUGGAGGCCGCUCCUGUUGUUGCCAUGUAAAGUCGUCAAGUUAGGCACCGUGCGUGUAUUUACCACUGAUGUGUUAUACAUGUAAACUGUAUGUG